UGAUGGAGGCUCAUCGUCGACCUCCAUUCUGUGGUGCCGGUGCUACCACCCUCUCUUCUCCUUUCGUUUCAAUUCCACUUUUCCCGCCUAAUUCUGGGUGUUACCUUUUAAAGAACAACCGCCCAAGAAUUCAUGGCGCCAUCAUUCGUUUAGUCGGUGUUGGUGUUGUAGAGACAAGGAGAGAGUAAUGAAGGGUCGAAGAGUUUCUGGUGAUUUUGAAACCUCAGGCAGACGAGGUGGGGUUUCUCGGGAUUUCUCUAACUUUACUGGAUGCAGUGGAGGGGAAUACACAAAAGGAUUUGAGAGCGGAAGCGACAGUGAUGAAGACGAAAAAGACGAUGAUGACAAUAAUGAGGAGAGACCAGAGAGAUGGGAUGUUUUGGGUCUCGGGCAGGCCAUGGUAGAUUUUUCGGGCAUGGUGGAUGAUGAAUUUUUGGAGAGAGUGGAGAUAGAAAAGGGGACAAGGAAGCUCGUGAACCAUGAAGAGAGGGGUAGAGUUCUGCGAGCAAUGGAUGAUGGUUGUAGCUACAAGGCUGCUGCCGGCGGGUCUCUUUCUAACACCUUGGUAGCCUUGGCCAGGCUCGGAGGUCAGCCCCUUGGAGGCCCUGUGUUGAACGUAGCUAUGGCAGGCAGUGUAGGAAGUGAUCCCUUGGGUGGGUUUUACAGGGAAAAAUUACACCGGGCAAAUGUAAAUUUUCUAUCUGCUCCCAUCAAAGAUGGAACAACGGGUACAGUCAUUGUUCUUACAACUCCAGAUGCCCAGCGAACUAUGCUUGCAUAUCAGGGUACAUCUUCAACUGUUAGCUAUGACUCUUGCUUGGAUAGUGUAAUCUCCAAAACAAAGAUACUCAUUGUAGAAGGGUACUUAUUAGAAUUUCCUCAUACAAUCAGAACAAUUAUAAAAGCAUGUCAGAAUGCUCACAGGCAUGGUGCUCUUGUUGCUGUCACAGCAUCUGAUGUUUCCUGCAUUGAGAGAAACUAUGAUGAUUUCUGGGAUAUUGUAGGGAAUCAUGCGGACAUUGUUUUUGCGAACGGUGACGAAGCAAGGGCUUUCUGUCAUUUUUCCUCAAAUGAGAGUCCCUUGUCUGCAACGAGGUAUCUGAGCCAUUUUGUUCCUCUUGUCUCUGUCACUGAUGGUCCAAGAGGCUCUUACAUUGGUGUAAAAGGUGAAUCUGUAUAUAUACCCCCAUCUCCAUGUGUACCAGUUGACUCAUGUGGUGCUGGAGAUGCUUAUGCAUCUGGUAUUUUAUAUGGUAUUCUACGUGGUGCAUCAGAUUUGAAAGGUAUGGGCACAUUGGCUGCUAGGGUUGCAUCCAUUAUUGUUAGGCAGCAAGGGACACACCUCCAAGUUCAGGAUGCAAUUGAGUUGGCAGAGUCAUUUACAUUCCACAUUGAGAGCUCUGUCAUUCGGUCGGAUGUGGGGUCAGACCAUAUUUCAAGCUUCUAAACUUGUUUCCUCCAUUUAUGUUGGUCCUAAUUCCUUCACUUGUAAAAUAACCUUUAAUUUUGUACAUUUCCUAAUGCAUUCCUCAACAUUCAUUUUCUUUCUGAAAUUUUAUUUUCUCAGAAGUACGUUGAAUUUUCUUGUGCAUUUCUGCAUUCCUGCUGUUUUUCAUGUGGAACACAUGUAGUCACUAGGGAAUCAACAUUGGUUUGUGAAUAUGAGAUUUCAAU